GGAGUGUCUCCGGCAGUCAUAAAAAGUGCAGAGGACCAGCAGACCUCAACAUACUUGGCUGUGGACACAAGUAUCCAACAGUGAACAGAGGAUUUCAGUCGGACUCUCUCGGCCUGAAGGGUACAGCAUGUCCGAAAUGCGUGACGACAUUUUCACAAAGAACUUCUUGAACCUGGCCCUGGACGACGCCUUGCUCACGAGACAAUCCCAACUCAAAGUCCCGGGACAGGGUCGACUGAACCGGUCCGCCUCCAUCUUUUCGCCCGACUCCCCGCCCACCUCGUCCGACGACAAUGGCAGCUCGCUCUGGUCGUUCAACAUCUGGAGCCAGGCGAAAACGUCCGCCCUGCAAGCGCGCUCCAUGAGCCUGACCGAGUCCAGCAUCUCCUUGCUUUCCACGAUCGAGCAACUCAAGAACCUGGAGGCUUUUCCCUCGGGACCCGCGACGACGGUGGCCCCGCCGCCAGGCUUCCCUCCCGCGUCCAACCUGCCGGCCCAGGUUCCGCCCAUGCUCUCCUCGAACCGUUACAAGACCGAGCUCUGCCGCGGUUUCCAGGAGACCGGCAGCUGCAAGUACGGCAGCAAGUGCCAGUUUGCCCACGGCGAGGCGGAGCUGCGUGGAAUGUACCGACACCCAAAGUACAAGACGGAGCCCUGCAGAACCUUCUACAACUUCGGGUACUGCCCGUACGGCUCACGUUGCCACUUCAUCCACGAGGAAAAAAGCGGCGGCCAACUCGCAUCGGCCAAAUUCCAGCAAAACCAGACCGCGACCGGCGGUCAGAACCCGCGCCACCAGCUUCGCCAAAGUGUGAGCUUUGCAGGCUUCCUGGGCUCGUCCCGCACCUCCCCUCCGCCUCCGUUCCCUACAUCCUUCGUGGAUCCGAACCUGGGCUUCAGCAGGGCUCCGUCCGUCUCCCCGCCGCCGACGGACCUCAUUUCCCCGGUGUUCGGCGACUCCCACUCGCGGGACGUGGCCGCCUUCCAGUUCGGCGCCCGCCAAACCCGCGCCAGCUCCGGGGACGUCCACAACAUUCCCCUCAUCGUGGAGCCCAAGGCCUCGCGCUGCCUCUGCGGCCACAGCAGUGACUUCUCCGCCCUCCAAGGGCACGGCGGCAGGGGUUUCUCCAAGACGCUGGACGGGAACCAGCAGGACGGCAACAUGCUGAUGAAGCACGGCGGUCUGCAGCGCUUCUCCUCCGAGGAUUCCCUGGAGGACAGCAGCUACAGCAGCAGCAGCGGAGGCUCCAGCGGGACUGAGUCUCCCACCUUUGACGCCUCGUCCAACAAGCGGCUCACGGUCUUCGAGCGCCUCUCCUUGUCCGACUAGGCGGACCCCCCCCUUCCCCCCCUCAGGAUAAGAACUGCGUCCGUCUUCGUAACCCAGAACCGAUCAGGACAAGUCGACCUUUCGACGACGUAUAACACUUCUUAAUAAAUCCGAACUCGUCUCGGGCCGUAGCAAAUUCGACCUUGUGGUCUUCCGCCAAUCAAAUCCCUCGCAGCGCCAGUUUGAUUGGGUUUGCGAUCAAACGGACUGAUCCCCCCCCCCUGCCUCAGCGGCUCCUCAGUGCCAAGAACAGUAUGUUUGAUGCCAAGACCCGACACGAUGCCAUUUUUAUCUGUGACAUGCACUUUACAGCAAAUUGGAAUGGGAGAAAACUGCCUCCUAGUAGCAUUCAACCAAAGCUUCAUACUUCCCGCUUCUGAGCGUGUGUGUGUGUGAGCGUGUGUGUGUGUGUGUACAUUUUUUUUUUAUUUUUUUUUUCCGAGACCAGGGGUGGAAGCGGAUGCAAGAUCAAAAGUGUGCAUGAGAAAAAAAAAUAGAUGUGAAUACAGCAACCCAACAUUUUGUCAUUUUAGCGCUUUUCUUAUUUUUUUUAUUUUUUGUUUUUUUUAAUGAACCCCUUCUAAGGUCUCCUUUUUGAUUGACAGCCUGAUUCAGGGACUCCCCACGCCACAGUAUUCCUUUUUUUUUUUUUUUUUUUUUUGGUUAUUGGUUGCCUCGCUUUGUUUAACUUAAACUAAUGUAUUUAUUCUAUUUAUUUCUGUUUCGAAAAAAGAAAACAAUGUAUUUUGUACUUUAUUUAUGAAGAAUUAUUCCGAGCUCUGUGAAUUACCGAUGUGAGAGAAAGAGAGAGAGAGAGAGGGAAAAAAAGGGAGUAGACAAAAAAAAAAAGAAUCUUAUAUUUUUAAUUGUCCAAAAGUGUCUAAAUAAACUUCUGAAUAAAGAAAUGAGCUGAA